AUGAUGGCAGUUUAUGGUGAUAAUGCUCCAUCACGUACAACAGUUUUUUAUUGGGUUCGUCGUUUUAAAGACAGACAGUUAAGUAUUGAAAAUGAUCCUAGAUGUGGUCGACCAAUUACUGCAACAGACGAUCAAACUAUUGCAGAUGUUGAAAGUCUAAUAAUUGAAGAUCGUCGAAUUACAAUUCAGCAAAUAGCAGACAUCCUAAGUAUUUCAACUGGUACAGUACACGGUAUUAUACAUGAUCAUUUACAUAUGACAAAAGUUUCUUCGAGAUGGGUACCACAUUUACUAACACCUGAUCAAAGACACGAACGUGUUCAAGCUUGUCAAGAACUUUUGACUCGCUAUUCAACUGCGGGUGAUGAUUUCCUGUUUCGAAUUAUAAUUGGUGAUGAAUCGUUUCUUUAUUAUUAUCAACUUGAUUCAAAAAAAUCAUCAAAACAAUGGAAACGAGCUGAUUCACCACCACCAACAAAAGGCAAGCAAGAGAAGUCGGUGAACAAAGUUUUGUAUUCCUCUUUUUGGGACUACAAAGGAAUAAUUCUCAAAAUACCUGUGCCAGCAGGUGUAACAAUAACGAAGGAAUAUUAUGCAAAUAUUUUAUCAAAUCAACUUGAUCCAGAAAUUAAAAAACAAUGA